AACCAGUGUAGCAAAACAGAAAAAUACUAAACCCAGGUUCCAAAUCUCGCUCUCGGUCUAUCUAUUUUUUCUCUCUCUCUAAACAAAAAUCGAAAGCCUUCCUGCUUCGAGGUUACGUAACCUUUCUCUCUCACGCACACACAUAGUCACUUACGCUAAACACUUCACAAAUUACACCAUCCAAAAACAGCACAUAAAGGGCUCUUCGUUUCUUCUUCAAUUAAAAGGUUUCAACGGCAUUGUUUUCGUUGCUUUGCCUGUGAUGAUGGAUUCAACGGCGGUUGAGAUUGAACCGGAGAUCGGAUCUGACGGUGUGAGAGGGAAGAGACAAGCUAACGAUGUGGAAUUAGAAGAGCCGGUUCACAAGAAGGCGAGGACUGCAGUGAAUGUGAAUACGAAGAAGGUUGCUGAAAUAGUGCUUGUACUUGCUGCUAUGGGGAAGAUAAGAGGAGGUGAGGUUCCUACCGAUGCCGAAAAGGUAAUGAUGGAAGAAGCAAGGGAAAUGUUGUCUCAAGUAUGCGAAACAUUUGUGCCUACAGAUGUGUUUCCAAGAGAUGCUUUUGGUGCUAUCAUUGAGGAUCUUGGUCUUAAUAAGCUCAAGGAACAACGGCUAGGGCUUCGUCCUCCGAAAAUGUCAAUUGCUGAGAAGUUAAUGAUAUCCAAAGAUAAGUUGGAAAAAACUGUGGAAUUUUCCGUACCUGCUGCCACAUAUUCAUCUCAACGGCCUCAAGCUAAUGUCGCUACAACAACUGAAAACCGUGGUCCAUCACAUGUUCGUAUGUUUCCUCCCAAUAAAGCAAGUCCUGUGGUAAAUCCCUCUGGAAGCUUCCAAUCUGCUUCGCCUUUGGUUCAUGGAACUCCGGCAAGUUCUGCACCAUUACCUUAUCAGCUGCCUACCAGUGAGAUCAGGCCAGUAAUUUCUGGUGGAGUGGUCUCUGGUAAUCAAGUAAGGGAUUCUUCUCUAGUUGCAUUGCCCAGAGUUGAAAGGCCGAGUUUCAGAAUGGAUGGACGACCAAAUGGAUCUUCCCAUACGUUGCAAGUUCAAGGUAACAAAACAACUUCUGGAGAUCAGUCAUCUAUAAGAACUCCAACCUGGUCGGUGCAACCUGCGUCAGUUCCAGCAGCUAAAUGUGGACCAGAUAACAUGAUGACAGCCCAGAUAGGUGAUAAAGUUCAGAGAGGAGCUGAGGUCAAACCACAAAUGAUAGCAUCUAGGCCAUUUAUUACUCAGACCACAGCUGGAAAUCUACCAACUACACACUCACGUUUACAAGGGGCAAGCUUUGUCAAGUCUCCUCCUCUGGGCAAUACUCAUGCUGAAAUUGGCAAGAUUGUUCAGAAGUUCUUACAACCGCGCCUCUCUGAGCGGCCUGCCUGGAAUCCGCCAUCUCGCGAUUAUAUGUGCAAGGCUUUGACUUGUCAAAUGUGCAAGUCAACGAUAAAUGAGGUUGAUAAUGUUCUUGUUUGUGAUGCUUGUGAGAAAGGGUAUCACUUAAAAUGUCUCCAGACAACAAAUCAAAAAGGAGUUCCCAGAGGGGAAUGGCAUUGUGGAAGGUGCUUGUCGAUGACCAAUGGAAAACCCCUGCCUCCUAAAUAUGGUCGUGUAAUGAGGAAUUUUAAUGCCCCUAAAAUAUCUACAAUUGCAUCAGCUGUUCAAUCAUCAGCGGAUAAAAAACUUUCUGGUCUAUAUGAGAAGGUGAAGUUAAUAGCAAAUGGACAGGUUCCUUUGAAGAACUCUCCUCCCGUUACUAUGGCAAAUAAUAAUAGGAAUAUACUAUCCAAGCCAAAUAUGGAAAAUGAAAAAGAAAUUGGAGGAAAUAUUGUUGUGUCAGGUAAAGAAAAUAUGGAGAGUAAAGAUUCCAUGAGAUCUUGUUCAAAUAAUCUGACUGUAUCUUCCAGUGAUCAGUAUCUUUCUACAUCUGCUGGUUCAUCAGUUAAUAUAUCUUGUGAAGAAAAAGUGGUUGAGUUAAAACCUCAGGCUCCCGUAAAACCUGAAACAGUUUGCCAUUCAUCUGAUUCCUCACAAGCUCUUAGUCACCUGCAAACGAAUGACCAUGCAGAUGUGGCAAACACAACCGCGAUGCCGUCAAAGCAGUUUCAUGAAACUCAGCCCAUGGUCAUUGAUGCUAGGGAAUUCAGUGCUAGUUCAAAUGUAGGUAAUAGUUCAGGUAAUGAAUCUAAUAAAGAAGAGCAAGCUGUUGAACAAAUAAAUCCUGCUGAAACUGCUGUAGCUACCAAUGAGGAUGCUGAAUGUAGUAGAUCAUCAUAUGAUCAUUCUCAAAAUAUCGACUGGAUUGGAAAUGCUCUUCAAGUUGUAGAGAACAAGUAUUAUUAUCCAUCUUGCCGCAUUAAUGGAUUCAUAUAUAGUGCUCAGGACUAUGCUCUUAUCCGCUUUGAGAACGAGAGAUUGAUUCCUUCAAAGCUUCUGGCUAUGUGGGAGGACAAAACAGCUGGAACAAAGUGGGUUACUGUCAAUCGAUGUUACCUAGCACGUGAAUUACCGCAGUCUGUAGGCCGCCCGUGCUUGGAGAACAAUAAUGAGGUUUAUUUGUCUACUUAUAGUAGCACAGUAAUGGCUGGCUUGAUACAAGGUCCCUGUGAAGUACAUGCUCCACGAAAUUUUACUGAGGAAAGUGAGAGGAGAGUUCGCUUAGCAAAGGGUUCUGAUAAUCUAUCACGGCCUCUUUACUUAUGCAAAUGGAUUUAUGAUGAAUCAAAAGGGCUAUUUCGUGAUGUCUCUUUUUCAUAGGGGUCAUAUGAUAGUUAUCUUUCUAUUGCAACUGCUAUUGGAUCGUGGAUUUUAUCAGGUUACUGAACUUGUUAUAUUGGGAGUAGGGUUUGGGGGUUGUGAGAUGAAUUGGAGGAGCAGCAAAGGGAAAGAUGUUAAGAGGAGGAACACAUGAAACGUACAGUGACCUCAGAUUUUCAACAGUACCCAACAUUGGUGGCCCUUGGACAUUUAUGGAGGAAGUCUCAGAUGGUGUACCAUAUUUAGCUUUAGGUUCGAUCUGUAUCAUUCUUCCAGUAGUUAUUUCUGUCUACCCUCCAGUAUUUCUACUUUUGUUAGAUGAUAGCAAUUCCAAAAAGGUGUGGAAGUAGGUUGAAUGUCAUUCAUCCAGCGAAGUAUGAAAUAAAAAUGUCCUUUUCACUUUCUAUUUUCAACUAUAACAGCUCUCAACUCUGCUGUGACCCGUCCUCUUUUCCCCUGGAUUGGCGCAAAGGCGGUCAUUAGUAAUGUUGAUGGGAUAUCUAGAAUAGACUCGAUAUACUGCUUUAUUGUCUUCGUAAGUUAUUUGGAAGAUUCCUCGUCAAUUUUUUAUUGGCAAAAUGAUCUGCUGGACUUUAAUACAUGUUAGAGUUUGUAUUGUGGACA